AUGGAUAGCUACGGCAACGACAACGACAACUUCAGCGGAGGCAACGGUGGCUUUGGGAACAAUCAGUCGGGGGGCAACGGUGGUGGCUACGGCGGCGGGAACAACGGGAACAGUGGCGGAUUUGGCGGAGGGAAUGGUGGUGGAAGGAACGGCGGAGGGAACAGCCAGUCUGGGGGCUACGGCGGCGGGAAUGGCGGGAAUGGCGGGAACGACAACUCGGGAAACUACGGCGGGGGCAAUGGCGGCGGUUUCGGGGGAAACGACAACUCGGACAGCUACGGCGGGGGAAACAGCGGAGGCUUUGGCGGAAACGAUACCUCGGGUGGCUACGGUGGAGGGAACAACAACAGUGGUGGAUAUGGCGGAGGGAACAGCAACAGUGGUGGAUACGGCGGCAACGACAGCAACAGUGGCGGAUACGGCAGCAACGACAACAACGGGGGUAACAGCGGAGGCAACUCGGGGAGCGGCGGCUUCGGCUCGUCGAAUAACAGCAGCUCAGGCGGUAACAGCUUGCUGAGCCAGGGCCUGCAAUUCGCAGAGUCGAAAAUCGGCGGGAACAACUCCGGAAACAACUCAAGCAACAACAACAACUCGGGGUCCAACAGCAUGGUGGGCGAAGGCGUCGAGUAUGCCGCAUCGAAAGCGGGAUAUAACCUAGACCAAAACGAUGCAAACUCGAUCGGAAGUGCUCUCGAGGGCGUUGCGCGAAGGUUCUGA